UUAAAUAAUUAUCCAACUCUUCUUUGUCAAUAUUUGCCAGAUGUUGUUCAACUUACAGAAUUGGUUCCUAGAAUAAUAGCGCGAAUAAUAGCACUCACGACAACCAGAUGCCAAUUUUGAGCAAUUGACUGGAGUUUUUAGAAAUUAUGACUACCCAGAAAUGAAACAGAAAUAUAAAGAUUACGUCGACUUGUUGAAAGACAAAGCUGAGUUUUAUCGAUUGCGUCGUCAGUUGUUUCUUGAAGGAUAUCCUAUGGAACUGUAUGUAUGUGAUGGUGCCUAUCGUGAGCGUGGUCUGUUCAUUACUAUGAAGAACGGACUCUUACGUUUUUACAACAGCAUGGCACGUAACAUUCUUUUUGACACUUUUUCAACUGUUUUUUCAGUUAGAUAUUGGACAUUGUACCUUUUUCAAGCUUCUAUUUCAUCUAUUCCAGAACACAGCAGAGACUUUGCUCGAAUGGAGCACUUGUUUGGAUCACCUGAAAGUUCACAUCUCGCUUCUUUACUAAAAGCACUUUUUGGUCAGUCCGACUAUCAAGUAUCGACUAUUCGAGAUGAGUCGGAUACUAUAAUAGAUUUUGAAGUAACAGAGAGUAAUGGCCAAUGUUAUAGAGACCGAAUAUGUAUUUUGUAUGUCACUCCACUGAGAAAGAAUGAAGCCAGCACAUCUAAUGCUCCAUCGUUCAUUGAUUUUAUAACAUUGGAAGAUAUUCCAGAAGACUUUAAGCCAUAUUUAGGAGAACAGCAGAGAUGAAAAGUUAAGACAAGAUGUUAGUUGGUAGAGAUAUAAAACAGACUUUUCCUCA